GACUAAUAUAGUUUAUUGUAGACAAAGGAACAGAUAUGCAUGUAAAUGCAAGAAGAGUUUAAUUCGAAAUUGGAUCAAUUACAAAUUUAAAAUUGACAACAAUAACGGUAAUUUAUAAUUUAUAGAUGAUAAACAUCGAGAAAGUAAAAUCGUGUUCAUCAUUAAUCGUUGAAAAAAGUGACAAAAAUAAAUUGGAAGAAUGGUUCGACCGUCGAAUCCGUUGUUAAUGAGCAUUGUCCUCGAUGCGGUUGGACGUCUCUCAGAAAGGAAAGGUUCUACUGUACGAGAUAUUCUCGAUUUCGUUCAAAAAAAUUCAAAUGGAUUUUCGAGGAAUCUUACGAUGCAGGUUCAUCGUGCUUUGAAACAUGCAGUCAAUGCUGGUUUGCUUCGACACAGAAGCGGAAGAUAUAAGGUUUUACUCAGCAUAAAUCCGAUAUCCGCUCAGCAAUCCGUGGCCGAAGAUUCGAAAUCCAUUGAUGGUUUCACUGAUAAAUUGCUAAACGGAUCACCCGAACGAUCAACGAAGCGUAAUAAAAAUUCUGAUAGAAAACAAGGUGGCAAACAAAUACGUCGCAAAGGUGCUGCAAGUCGAAGUGGUGAAUGCACUCAUAAUCGAAAAUGUUCGGAGCCAUUGGAGAAAGCGAGACUAACGCGAAGACAAAAACGAAAAGCAGGUGGUAGAAUCGAAGAAAAUGAUGAUUGGGUAAUAUCGGGUCGACGUAAACAAUUUGCCAAACGGAAAAUAUCCGAAAUCGUACAGGAAGAUUUAUCGCCAUCGAGCGAUCAUUCCCACGAAAAAAUAAUAGAUUUUGAUUCGGAUGUAUCCAAUGAGAACUACGAUAAAUCAAAGAAUUCAAAAAACAGAUUUUAUUCCCGAGACGAAGAACGCUUGUCGUCUCCACGAAGGAAGAGGUCGCCAGUUAGGCAAGAGCACAGAGGACAAAGUUCAAAGACCAGAUCGAGAAAACGAUCAUCCUCUCGAAAUCGAAGUCCGCAGCGUUCAAAUUAUAAUCAAAAUCAAAAUCAACAGGAACAGCAGCAGCAGCAAUUAGAAAUAGAGGAAAUACCGAAUGAGAACCUGGAGAAUAUGAGGAUGGACUGUGAACAGGUGUCUGGAAAUAUCGAGCUCAUCGACGAUUCACCAAAUCCUGAAAUUGAAAGAGAUUGCAAGCCUAAUAAUAGUGGAAGUGGAAGUAGUUUAUAA